GCUCUGUCAUUUUGUAACAUGGUCGGCUAAGGCGAUCCACGUGUUAUUAAGUUUUAACGCAAUUAUUUUCGAUUUUGUUAUAAACGUUUCUUUAACAAAUUUGAAAUCAUGAAGUUGAAUGUGUCGUAUCCCGCCACGGGCUGUCAGAAACUGUUCGAGGUGGUGGACGAGCACAAAAUCCGUAUAUUUUACGAGAAGCGUAUGGGUCAGGAAGUAGAAGCCGAUCCGCUAGGCGACGAAUGGAAGGGUUACGUGCUAAAAAUUGCCGGCGGUAACGACAAGCAGGGCUUCCCCAUGAAACAGGGUGUGCUUACUAACAGCAGAGUACGUUUGCUUUUGUCGAAAGGUCACUCGUGCUAUAGACCUAGACGCGAUGGAGAACGUAAACGUAAAUCCGUAAGAGGAUGUAUUGUCGACGGUAACCUCAGUGUUUUGGCGCUGGUAGUUGUGCGUAAAGGCGAGCAGGAAAUUCCUGGUUUGACCGAUACAAAUGUGCCCCGCCGUUUGGGCCCCAAAAGGGCGUCCAAUAUCAGGAAGUUGUUCAAUUUAUCAAAGGACGACGAUGUAAGACAGUACGUAGUAAAACGUCCUCUGCCGCUGAAAGAAGGCAAGAAGCAGCGAUACAAGGCACCGAAGAUUCAGCGGCUGGUUACGCCUGUAGUGCUGCAACGCAAGCGUCAUCGUUUGGCUUUGAAGAAGAAGCGCUGCUUGAAACGCAAAGAGGAGGCUGAUACCUAUGCUAAACUACUGGCUCAGAGGAAGAAGGAGUCAAAGGCACGGAAGGAAGAGCUUAAGAGACGUAGGUCUGCCAGUGUUAGAGAGAGCAGGUCCAGCACUCACAGUAAAUAAAUCUCUGUUCAUAUGAGAAUUUAUUACGAUUAAUAAAAUAUUUUGGAAA